ACAGAGAUCAAAUUGCCGAAAGCGGCAAGCGCGCGUGAUUGUAUUGGAUGACUCGGGCGUAUCUGACUCCACAAAUUUUAGAGGAUAGAAAUUCUGGCUGUCUCCUUACUGCUUGUCCUCCUCCUGGCUGCCCUUCCCCUCGUCUCCUCCAAAAAAAUCUUAGAUCGCGUCCAAAAAUGUGUCCACACACCAACGGUGACUCUACCCCCAACGAUCCUUCCCAGAUGGUCCCAGUCGACAUCUCUAACGGCACAAGUCAUCAAACUUCCGUCCAGUCCAAUGGCGCGAACGGCCAUGCGACCAACGGCGCGGCCAAAUCCCACGUCGAGCAGCAAAGGAGAAAUCCUUAUGCAUCUCGUGCUUCGGACUUCCUAUCCAAUAUCUGCAACUUCAAGAUCAUUGAGAGUACUCUCCGAGGUGCGUACUGAUG